AUGGUACAAUACGACUGGCAGGCGGCGUGGGCGGAGCGGCUGCGGUGGCAGUCGCAGCAGGAGGGCUGGAGCGGCCGCAACGCCAGCGCGCGCUCCGUCAGCCAGCCGAGGUACCUCGAGACGCUCGUCGUCGCCGACAAGAAGUUCCUCGACUACCACAAGGGCUCCGACCUCGAGAACUACAUCCUCACCAUCAUGAACAUGGUGGCAGACUUCUACCACGACGGCAGCGUAGGCAACCUGCUCAACGUCGUAGUUGUGCGCAUCAUCUACUUAGAGAAGGAAGAGGAGGAGAUGGAUCUUGAGAUUUCGCCGGAUGCUGAGAAGACGCUGGCAAGCUUCUGCAAGUGGCAAGUUGGCGUCAACCCAAAGGACAUAUCGCAUCCCAACCAUCAUGAUAUCGCUGUACUACUCACCAGGCACGACAUCUGCUCGGACAACAUGAGCAACUGCAACCUGAUGGGGCUGGCGUACGUGGCGGCGGCCUGUAAGCCCGACCUGUGCUGCGCCAUCAACGAGGACAGCGGCCUGCUGCUGGGAGUCACCGUUGCCCACGAGAUGGGCCACGUCAUGGGAUGCAGCCAUGACGAGGAGAAUGUAUCUGGAUGCCCGCCCAAGGUGGACGACAACAACUACAACGUGAUGUCGCCAUACGUGAUGGCCACCACCACACAAUGGUCGUCCUGCAGUCGCAAAUUCAUCACGACCUUCCUAGACGCCGGCCUCGGGGAGUGCCUGCUGGACGAACCGCAGGAGUCGCGCUACGCCUACCCGGAGAUGCCGCCAGGCGCCAUGUACGAUGCUGACUACCAGUGCAAGACCAAGUUCGGCUCUCCAGGGGUCUGCGCCAUCUCGCCGGAAUCGCACUGCAAGCGGUUGAUGUGCAAGAAAGGAAACAGCAGCUGCGUAUCUGAUGGAAGUCCUGCUGCAGAUGGAACCAAGUGUGGGGAGAAUAAGUGGUGCUACGGACAGCAGUGCGUGCCGGCCGGCGAGCGGCCGCGCGCGGUUGCUGGCGGCUGGGGGGAGUGGGGCGAGUGGCAGGCCUGCUCGCGCACCUGCGGGGGCGGCGUGCAGGCGUCGCAGCGCGAGUGCGACAACCCGCCGCCCGCGCACCGCGGCCGCUACUGCGUCGGCCUCCGCCGCCGCUACCGCGUCUGUAACAUACAGCCUUGCGAGGACGGCUCGCCAACGUUCCGCGAGGUGCAGUGCUCCGAGAUGGACUCUAAACCGUUCGAGGAUAAGCUGCACAAGUGGAAACCAUACCGAAAGGUCGACGACCCUGCAGCAAACCCAUGCGCACUGGUGUGCAUCAACGAGGAGCGCGUCUACUCGACGCUGGCACCGCGCGUCAAGGACGGCACCCCGUGCAAGCCCGGCACCAGGGACAUGUGCAUCUCCGGCCGCUGCCGGCACGUGGGCUGCGACUGGGUGCUCGAUUCCGAUGCUGCCGACGAUCCGUGCGGCGUCUGCAAGGGCAACGGGACCAUGUGCCAAAAGGUCGACCACACAUUCACCCAGGCCUCGGGAAACGGAUACACGAAGGUGGUCACCGUACCCACCGGCUCUCGUCACCUCAGCGUGGAGGAGCUGGGCCCCACCGAGAAUACGAUUGCAGUCUCCGAUGAAAAAGGGGAGAUCUUCUUCCUGAACGGAAACUACACGGAGGAGGCGGACGGCGAGUACCGGAUGGGCGGGGCGCUCGCCUUCUACAGUCAUCCGCAGCCCAAUCAGGAGCGACUGGACGUCCCGGGCCCCACGCAGCAGCCGCUCACUAUACACGUGGUGUUCUUCGGCGGCAAGAACCCCGGCGUGCACUACAGCUACUACGAGCCCCUGGAGCGGCCGGCAGACCGCACGCCUCGCUACUCCUGGGAGUUCCUCGGCUGGCAGGACUGCAACGUCGUCUGCGGGGGCGGCACGCAGGUGGCGGAGCCGGUGUGCGUGGAGGAGGGUGCUGGCCGUGUGAGCGACCAGUCCUGCCCCGCCGAGGACAAACCGGCGCCGCGCAGCCGCGUCUGCAACGAGCAGCCGUGCAAGAUCAGGUGGCGUGCGGCGACGUGGGGCCGGUGCUCGGGCUGCGUGUUUCGCGUGGGCAUGGCGCGCAGGCGCGUCGAGUGCGUGCGGCAGGCGGCGCGGCCGGAGGAUGACCCGGCCGUGGUGCCCGAGGCCAGCUGCAAGGGGCUGCCGCGGCCCGCAGGCGUCAAGUUCUGCAAGUCCACCAGGCCCUGCAGCAAGGGCGCGCCGGCGCCGGCGCCGCACGGCCGCAGCAGCAAGCAGGUGACUGACGCCGCCUCUGCGCGCCCGAAGAACCGCGCCAGAAGACUGAAGCACAAGACGACCAAACGGCCAGCGGUCACCUCCGAAGGCACAACCGCCGCCCAAGCUCCUGUCGUGCAGGACCGCGUGCCUCCAGGACACAUUCUGCUGAUAGAGGUGCCGAUGGUGCAUGCUGGAGGCGGUGGAGGCGGAGGGGGCGGUGAGCUGUCAGACGAGGCGGAGCGCGAGAUGGGCGACCGCGUGGGGGCCGGCGUGCUGGACACGGCACGCGCCAGGGUGCUCACGGGGCAGGACGCCGCCCUGGAGACGCGCCGCGUGCUCGAGGAGAACCAGAGGCUGCAGCAGCAGCCGCCGCCCGAGGAGGAGUCCGCCACCGCCGCCGCCGACUAG